AUGUUCCCCAGGAAGGGCACUGCCAUCGUAAAGCUCAAGACAGAUGUCGAAGCUGAGAGAGUGAUACAAUUAUUGAACGGCAAGCAGAUUGGUGGGCGGGUUGUGUCGGCUAAGCAAGAUAAGUUCGCGCAGAAGACAGUUGAUAGCAAUCCACAGGUCAAUCUGAGUGAGGCACAGCAGAGAGUGUGCCAGUUAGACGGCUCCUCAGCGGAGGAGAGUAGUAGCUCGGCGAAAUGUCAUAUCCUUGCAGUCGAGACCGGCGUUUUUGAUGAUAGCCAUUGGGCGAAAACCUCUUUGGAGGAGAGACUAUCGAGUCAACAGUGUCAAAAGCGAAUCGUACCGGAUAUUGUGGCGUUAUGCCAGACCAGCAAGGGUGUCGAGUCCGUUGAGGCUAAGAGCUUCGAGAGCAACAUUGAGAACAUUGAGAGUAAGAGCUUCGAGAGCAGCAUCGAGAACGUCGAGAAAGCUUACGACGAUAUCGAGGUUGAGAACAUCGAGAGUUGCAGGUUUAGGCUUCGAGAGGGCCCGAAGCUCAGGGUCACUACGGUCGCGCUCCUUGUUACAGGAGCGACAGACGUGUUCGUGUCCAGUACUUUAUACCGUCGGUUGAAGGCACAGUCGCCAGGCCUGGAGUUGAAGCAAGGUGACAUAUCGGUGAAGUUGCUCGAUGGAGGAGCGGUGAAGAUUCAGGGGGUGUUGGAGGCUCUGGCCGUUGGGUUCGGUCAUCAGGCUAGGAUAGUCGAGGCCUACGUCUUAGACUCUGCUCACUGGGAGCUGGAUCUACCCCGAUGGGUGCUGGGUAGCUGUGUUUGGGUGAUGGCGGGUAACGACUACCUACUCUUCGAUGAGCCUGAGAUCAAGCAGAAUUAUGAUGCCAUCAGAGGCCGAGACUUGAAGAUCACACAGAGGCUGGCCAAGAGACCUGAAGAGCUAGCAGCGUAUGAAGCGGCCGUGGACGAGCUCUUGAAGUCCGGGGGGGAUCUCAAGAAGGCCUUCUGGUCGGUUUACAUCGAUGAAUCGGAUGUGAAGUGGUUGGGGAUGUGCGUCGAGUCGAAGAUCAUAAGCUGGAUCCAUGUCCCUUUCGGGACGAAUUGGUCCCCUUGGGCCCUCUCCUCGGUCUUGGGAAAGAUUCUCAAACAGAUCGGGGGGACGGGCGGUGCCGAAGCUAUCUGCUUCUAUGUCGACGAUGUCCUUCUGCGAGGGGACAGUUGCUCGGAGGUGUCGAAGAUUCGUCGGGAGUUGGUUCCCGCAUUAGAAGAGCGGGGGUUCGAAGUCCACCAGGACAAGCGAAUGUCCAAUCUCGACACGGAUGAAGACUGUAUAGGUCAAGAGGUAUCUAAGAAGAAUAUUCUCAGCGAGAAGUUCAGAACAGGAGGGUGGCUCAGUUACGACUGGCUCUGUGGCGAGCGAGUUGACGUGUUUGAUGUGCGCUUGCGGCAGAUAGAAUUGGCGAAGACAUCCAAGGUCACGGAGUCUGCCCUGAGAUCAGCAUUCGGCAAGUUCUUCGACCCCAUGGGUCUUUUCGCAGAAGUGUCCUUGGAGCUCAGAUGGGCGGCUCGGUUGGCUCAUGAGCGACUGAAGCAGAGGAGGAAGGACUUCGAAGAUGGUAUGGACAUUCUGGACGAGGAGACGGCAUCUAUUAUAUUGAGUACCGUUACUGCAUGUAAUUCUUUCCUGCAAUCUGAUCGUAUUCCCCCCCCUCGCUAUCUUGAUGUGUCUACUUUAUUCGUCUUCGUCGAUGCCUCUGAGGCCUGCAUUGCUAUUGAUAUUCGAGUCGGAUCGAGUGCUCGUAUCUUUGCUUAG